AUGAGUUUUGGAGGUUUUAUUGGAAGUAGUAGUGGAGGAAACGGUGGUUCUGGGGUUUCAAGAUUGGUGGGUGAUAGUUCAUACGAAGCCAUGCCUACUGCUACUAUGGCUCAGUCACAGCUUAUCACAUCAUCUUUAUCUCAUUCAAUGUUUAACUCUUCACCGUUAUCUCUUGCUCUUAAACCGAAAAUGGAAGGUGCUGGUGAUUUGAGUUUUGAUGCUGCUGCUGUAAUGGGAAGGAACUCCAGAGAUGAUGAGUACGAGAGCAGGUCUGGGACUGGGAGUGACAAUUUGGAUGGUGUUGGAUCGGGCGAUGAAAUGGAAACUCACAUUGGUAGCUCAUCGAAAUCGGCAAAGAAGUACCAUAGGCAUACUCCAUACCAAAUUCAAGAGCUUGAGGCUUGCUUUAAGGAGAAUCCACACCCCGAUGAGAAAGCAAGGCUGGAACUUGGUAAGAGAUUGACAUUGGAAAGCAGGCAGGUUAAGUUUUGGUUCCAGAACAGGAGAACCCAAAUGAAGACCCAGAUGGAACGUCAUGAAAAUUCAAUGUUGAAGCAAGAGAAUGAUAAGCUUCGUAUUGAGAACAUAGCGAUGAAGGACGCGAUGAGAAGUCCAGCUUGCCCACAUUGUGGUGGUCAGGCAAUUCUUGGUGAGAUACACAUUGAAGAGCAUCAUUUGAAGAUUGAGAAUGCUCGACUGAGAGAUGAAUACAAUAGGAUCUGUGUCGUGGCAAACAAGUUUCUGGGUAGGCCGUCGGAAUCUUUCCAUGGUCCUAUGUCAGCUGGAAUGGCUAAUUCAGGUUUGGAACUUGCUGUGGGAAGAAACGGCUAUGGUGCUAUGAAUUCUGUUGACACUGCAUUGCCAAUGGGACUUAAUUUUGGCAAUAACUUCUCAAGUGCUUUACCAGCAAUUUCACCUAGGCCCACCCUGAGCAUGGCUGGUGUAGGUGUAUCCUGUGAUAAGAACAUGUUAAUGGAGCUUGUUUUUGCUUCCAUGAAUGAGCUGAUUAAGCUGGCUGAUAUCGGUGCUCCUCUGUGGCUUAGAAACUUUGAUGGAAGUGCGGAAGAAUUGAACCUUGAGGAGUAUGCAAGGUCUUUUCCUCCAUGUAUUGGCAGGAAACCUGCCCACUUCUCAGCAGAAGCAACCAAGGCAACUGGUACUGUGAUGAUGAACAGUCUGGCCUUGGUUGAGAGUCUGACGGACACAAGUCGAUGGAUGGAUAUAUUUUCAUGCAUUGUUGGCAGAACCUCUACAAUUAAUGUGAUCUCCAACAGCUCAGGUGGAAGCAAGGAUGGCAAUUUGCAUUUGAUUCAAGCUGAGUUCCAAGUUCUGUCUGCUUUAGUUCCUGUCCGUAGAGUAAAGUAUCUACGCUUCUGCAAGCAACAUGCUGAAGGUGUCUGGGUGGUGGUGGAUGUGUCUAUUGAUGCUAUCCAGGAAGGUUCAAUACCGCUUGAUGGAAAUUGCAGGAGGCUCCCUUCCGGAUGUAUCGUGCAAGACUUGCCCAAUGGGUGCUCCAAGGUUAUUUGGAUUGAGCACACGGAAUAUGAUGAGAGUAUCACCCACAAUUACUACCGCCCAUACAUCAGGUCUGGCCUGGGGUUUGGUGCCCAACGGUGGAUUGCCACCCUACAAAGGCAAUGCGAGUUCUUGGCAAUCAUGUCUUCUGCUGUGCCCAGUGGUGAUAAUUCAGUGGUUAGUUCCAGUGGACGGAGAAGUAUUGCAGUGCUGGCUCGACGCGUGACUCGCAGCUUUUGCGUUGGGGUUUGUGCGACCUAUUACGACUGGGAAUCAAUCCAAUCAGGGACUGCAGAGGAGAGUAAGUUGAUUAUGAGGAAGGGCGUUGGUGAACCUGGUGACCCUAAUGGUAUGGUGUUGAGUGCCAGCAGGAGCCUCUGGCUGCCGGUAACACAUCAACGUUUGUUUGACUUCCUGCGAAAUGAACAGACAAGAAGUCAAUGGGAUGUCUUGUCCCAGGGUGGUUCCGUGCACCCAAUAGUCCACAUUGGCAAGGGUCAGGAUCUUGGCAAUAGCAUCACUCUGUUUCGUACUACUGUGGCUAACAGUGAUGGUAGCCAAAACAGUAUGUUGACCUUGCAAGAGUCGUGCACAGAUGUAUCCGGUUCAAUCAUAGCAUAUACACCACUUAAUAGUGGAGACAUGAAUGUUGUGAUGAGUGGUGGAGAUUCCUCCUGCGUGACAUUCCUUCCAUCUGGAUUUGCAAUCAUUCCAGAUUGUUAUGAUGAGAAUUCGAAUGGGGUAGCAGCACUCGAGAAUGGUGGUAAGAUUAAUGGGUGUCUAUUGACCAUGGGAUUCCAGAUACUAAUGACUAACCCGCCUACAGGAACUCUCACUAUGGAUUCGGUGAACACUGUGAACUCCCUCAUCACCCGUACAGUGCAAAACAUCAAAGUUGCUUUCCAGUGCAAUUAA